AUGACUGAGUUCUUGGUUUGCUUUAACUGGUGCAGUGGUGAGCAGCCCCAGCCAAAGAGACGUCGGAGACUAGACCGAAAUAUGAUUGGAGAACCAAUGAACUUUGUCCAUACUGCCCAUGUUGGAACAAGAGAUAUGAAUAGUGGUUUUACAUCUGCUGGGUCAAUUCAGGACCAUAUGAAGUCAAAAGGUGGCUACACAAAUGGUAGUCCUGCAAGUGCACAGCUAUAG